AUUUAUUUGUUGUUCUGUUAUAUGUUGUUGUCAUGUGAGGAUGUUACCUCGUCAUGUAGUUGUUUUGCCAAGACAGAUGUUUCUCAAUCAUCUCCUUGCCAACUUUCAGUAAUAUUAAGUGUUUUAAAAAAAUCAGACCAACCGGAAGUCUUAUUGUUAUUGUUGCCAGCUGCCGCUUGAAUGUCAUUUUAUGGUCGCGAGUCUGCACGUGUUCGGCGACACACUGAGGAAUAUGGACAAAUCUACCACAUAACUGUAUCUUUGAGGACUUCUCUGUACGCGUCGACGUGAACAAGUUGUAAUUUGAGGUGCUGAACGCGUGUCAUGAUUAUAAGAAGAAGAUACAUUUAUGUAUUCGUGCAAGCUAACAGCAGGGGCCGGAAAGCUAACGUUAGCUAAGCCGGAGAACAUGUUCAGACUUGUCCCUUCCCGGGCACUCUGCGAGUGAAGGAACAACGACACAACGAUACAUCAUUAUAAAAACGGAUAGUUAUUUGAAUUCGUUAAUGAAAAAUAACAAUGGAUUACCAAUUCCCACAGCAGCUUUUUCCUUCUUUUUACAACUGCGGACCACCGGAUUCGGUUCUGAAACACUGCGCUGGAAACUGGGGCUGCUACGACCAAGUCCGACCUCAGGGUAGUUCCGGUCCUCUCUCCAGCUGGACAUUUACAUCCAGACAUCAGGUCAGAGGGGAGACGUGGCGUCACACUGAGCCGGUACCACUUCCCCUCCUGUCUCCUAAAAACUCUUUCCUUUGGCCUUUGACGCCUCCAGAUCCACUAGAAUUCACACAACAUAUGCAGAACUUCUUCAUGGACCACUGCCAGGACGCCUUCGGGUGCAUGAGUGAAAUUCUGAGCGAAAACGUGAACUUUAAUGAAGGACCGAGAAAGAAGUAUCGCAGCGAUAUGAUCCACAUCGGGAAGAUGAAAACAUUCCUCGACAGGCUGAAGUUAAAAACCGGUCCGCAGCCAUAUCUGUCCAGAUCGCUGAACAUGUACAGCGCCCUGCUGUCGGACGUGUUGCCCGCCAUCCCUCCUGGGUUGAUGGGUUCUCUGCUGUAUGAAGAGUUGACGGAGCAGAGAGACCGCAUGCUGUUCUCUGAAGGAGCCACAGGAGGCGCGCUGGCCUUCGUCCCCUUCUCACAGAGCAGCAGCGACACUCAGCGUGGCUGCCUCCUCUACCCCAGAAACCAGGGACUAGACUGCCUCAACUUCCACAGGGUGGAGCUGCAGCACCACAGAGGAAGUUCCUCCUGUGUGGACGCCAGCAGCAGUGAGCCGUUCAGCUUCCAGCUGAAAGGCCCCGUUAGACAGAUCAGCUCCGCCUCCCUGUUAGACGACUGUUGUGUUGCAGUGCGCUCGGAUCGCCUAUGUGGAGUUUGGCGGUUCAGUGAAAGAAACAAACCUCAUCUGCUGCAAGUGGUCAACACCAGAGAGGUCGCGACCUGCAUCAGCGUCAGUCCUCAUGUUUUAGGUGAAGUUCUGGUGGCGAGUGAGAGUGGAGCAGCAAACCUGUGGACUGUCGGCAGAGGGAUGCAGACGGUUCGGAAGGAGGACCAAAACCUGUACUUCAACGCCAAGUCGUCAUGGCGAUGGUGCGAGUUCUCCGCCCAUCCGAGGGUGAUGCUGUACGCAGACAGGACGGGGGUGGAGCUCACAGACAUCAGGGUGAGUCCUGUCUCAAAUCACACUAUGUUUCGUAUCAGUAAAACCCCAGAGUGUCGCACUGGGGAGAGACUCAUUCUGUCCAGAUAUCUGGGAGACGUGCACCCCUUCCAGCACCUCAUCAACACGCAGUACUCGGCCUACAUCAUGGACGAGCGCUUCCCCUGCAUGCCCAUGCUCAAGUGGGAUCACAUGAUGCAGUCCCCACCCACGUUUUGUCACUCUUUUGGCGGCUCUGCCUCCGGCUCAGCAGGGGGCGGGGCUCGGACCACCAAGAUCCUGCUGGGCUCACACAGCUCUCAGGAAAUCACACUGCUGCAGUAUUCAGGAGGCAGAGCAGAGGCCUGUUCCAGUCGGGGUCCUCCUCAGGCGCUACUCAGACCCAGAGACAGCCUGAGACACCUUCCUGUCCAGAUCCCUCACCGCCUGGACCUUGCAACCAGCAGACUGUCCUCACCUGCAGCAGGUCUGACUUGUAUCCAGAAGAGAGGAGGAAGAGAGGCAGGUGGCGAGGAGUGUAUCUGUAUCCUCCAGCUGACAGAGGCGGGAGAUAUUUUCUACCAGUUCCUGGAGCCUGAGCAGCCGGACACCUCUCCACCUCCUGCUGCAGAGGAUGAACCGUUGCCUGCUGCAGAGGAUGAACCGUUGCCUGCUGCAGAGGAUGAACCGUUGCCUGCUGCAGAGGAUGAACCGUUGCCUGCUGCAGAGGAUGAACCGUUGCCUGCUGCAGAGGAUGAACCGUUGCCUGCUGCAGAGGAUGAACCGUUGCCUGCUGCAGAGGAUGAACCGUUGCCUGCUGCAGAGGAUGAACCGUUGCCUGCUGCAGAGGAUGAACCGUUGCCUCCACCAGCGCUGAUAAAAACAGCCAAACAGCUUUUACCACAUUCUCAGAUGAUUAUAUCAGACACGUCGAGCGAUGAAGACAUAAUCGGACCAUCUCAGAGUCAGACUGUGCAGAGGUCUGUGGCUGAAACACCAGAGAGGGAACAACAAUCAUCUGACUCUUCCUCAGAGGAUUCAGAGUCCGGAGGGAAGGCUGGAAUACCGAAGCAUUUGCAGCUUCAGGUCGUGGUCAACGAUGAUCCCGAGCUGGAACAAGUGAGUGGAUUGGAGGCAGGUGUGGAAGAUGGAAAGGAGGGGAAAGAUAAUGCUGAUGGUACUGAGGGACCCAGCGGUGUGGAGGAAACUGCCAGCUGCCCAAAGCUCAGCGACAGCGCUCUUGUCACGUGGAAACAUUGGCUCCAGAAAUUGAUGCAAAAGAGUCGUAAAAAGAAUCCCCGUCAACACUGCCGGCAGCACUUAACAGUCAAAACUACAAGCCUCGUCCACCUAUCUGACGAUGAAGCGAGAGAUUGGACAGAGAAGGAGCGUGUAGAGGCCCUGAGGCGUGAUCUUCGAGCGUGCAUGUCUAAGCGCUCGCUGCUGGUCCACAGGGCCGACUCUGCCUCCCUCAGAGCUCCAGAUGUGAUAAUGGUGCCAGACGUGGUCGAUACAGAAGCCUGGAGUGAUCAGCUCAGCCGGCGCCUGAGCCUCUCCUGGCAAGGGGAGGAGGCAUGGUGUGCUUGGUGGGAGGACCAGCUGGGGAUGAACAAGGAGAAGAAGCUGGAGGCUCUGAAGACGAAGAGGAGGAGGGAGAAGGAGGCAAAGAGAGCCUCCGGCCAGCGCCUAGAGCUGUCCGCGAGCUUCACGUCGUCUAUCAGCUACCAGUCCGAGGUCAGCGAUUUCUCUGAUUUGACUGGCUGGUCCUCUGCAGCGAGCCAGGGGGCGUGGUCCGACACCGAGGGUAAGCUGUCCCAGUUCGAAGGGCUCACUGGAGAGUGGGACACCAAGAGCUUCAACACCCUCCACCAUGCAAACCGACACUCCAGUUCCCACGUCGACCACCACACCUCAAAGUGUGAAAGACGAACACGGUGACCAGCAGACUCCCAGCAGCACCCACGUCCUGUCCCAGACACCAAAACCGGACUCCACACGGGCCGAUCAGAGGAGAAACAAGCGUUCAGCAGACUUACUCCGCGUUCUGUUCGCACCACUGGAGGAGCCUUCGCAGCAUUUCCUGGAGGAUGAGAGCCCCGUGCACCAUCCACCUCCACCUGUGGCCUCGUCAUUCUCCCAGCUCCGCAGCUCCCAGUCUGUCUCCCAGAGGAGCCUCAGGAUGGAUCUGUCCCAGGACGCCUCCGCCUGGCCGGGUUUCUCCCAGCCUCUGAGCCUCUCCCAGAGUUCACAGGGUAGACUGUCGCAGGCAUCGCAACCCAAGAAGAAGAAGCCUCGAAUGGGAUUUUGAUUCGUUGGUUGGUGUGUCCGUCACACAGAUCUGGAACGUAUCGUUUGGAAUACCUGUUGUUUUUCUGAUUUUGGGCUUCUUUCGCUGCCUCAGGAAGCAGGGUUUUGUAAAAUGGAUUUAGUAUGGUAAUACUCCCUGGGUUUGUACUUUAACAAAAUCAACAUGCCAACUGGAUCUAAUGGAGGAGGAUGAAGGAACUGCGUAGUGAUCCCUGAAGACGUCUGCAGACUGACUGCAGUCUAGUUUGGUAGGACCCAGUGGAAUUUAUUAUCUUUGUUUUGUGCUUGUGCCUUUUUGUUUGUGGAGUAGUACGUGUGUAUGUUUGUGUGAGAUGCAAUGUGAAGACGUGUGAAGGCUACUGGAUUAACUUUUUGCUUUUCAUGAGACGUCCACACGGCAGGUGGCGUUUCACUCUGUUACUGGUUCAUUCCAUAACUCGUAGACUGUCACAGAUGCGUUAACAUGGCCGGUGGAUGUUAAACAGAAAGAUCAAUAAACUGCCUGGAGACUUUUAUGCGUGUUAAAAGUGAAAGCUGAUUUGACAUUUAAUCUUUCUGUUUCUCACAACUCACUCAUUUGUUUUUUACAAAGUACAACUGAAGUUAUUUUUAGGAAACUUUUCUACAUCUGCUUCUGUAAAUAAAAUGGAACAGGUUUAAUAAGA